CGCCCUGGGCCCGGAAGGGUGAUGUGGCUGGGCCAUCGCAGGCCUCACUAUGUCUGCCAUUUUCAAUUUUCAGAGUCUGUUGACUGUAAUCUUGCUGCUUAUAUGUACCUGUGCUUAUAUCCGGUCCCUGGCACCCAGCCUCCUGGACAGAAAUAAAACUGGACUGUUGGGUGUAUUUUGGAAGUGUGCCAGAAUUGGUGAACGGAAGAGUCCUUAUGUUGCAGUAUGCUGUAUAGUGAUGGCCUUCAGCAUCCUGUUCAUACAGUAGCUUGAAAAAAAAUGCAGAAUUUAAUUGCCAUCAGAUUUCAGUGCAAACAAGGACUUACCUGCAGAUAAUAAUGGAAAGAAUGAUUAGCCCUUUUAUCUCCGAACACUGAGAGAGAUAAAUUUCUAGUUGCUGUUCUCUAUUUUUAUGUUAUUGGACCAAUGUUCUAUAUAAAUAAUUAAGAUGUAA